AGCCAGCCGCACAUUGGCUUCCAGGUUAAGCAAGCAGUGUGUGUCACGCCCUAACCUUAGUUUGCUUUGUUUUCUUUAUUAUGUUGGUUAGGUCAGGGUGUGAAAAGGGUGAUAUGUGUGUUUUUCUAUUGUCUAGGGGGUUUUGUAAGUCUAUGGGUUUUCACUAGUCAAUGUAUUUAUAUGUCUAUGAUUAUGUGUUAGUUGCCUGUGUCAGCACUAUAUUUAGCUUCACGUCGUUUUGUUGUUUUUGUAGUUUGUUUAUGUUUUUCUUCGACGUCAUUAAAGGAACAUGUAUUUAUAUCACGCUGCGCCUGGGUCUCCUCCAUUCAACGAACGUGACAGUGUGUCAAGAAGCAGUGCGACCUUCGCCGAGUCCAUUGGGGAGUUGCAGCAAUGUGACAAGAUCGUAACUACCAAUUGGAUAUCACGAAAAAAGGAGUAACGCCAUGUGCUGAAAAAGUUUGAAUACAAUUAACCAUGCUGUUAAUCCAGCUUGAUUUCUGCCGCUUACAAAAUAACUGGAAACUCGGAACUGGGAAAUCUCAGACUUCAGUGAGUUCAAGACAACUGGGAACUCAGAUAAAACUAGCUACGACCGGGAAAAUAUGGAAAACUAUUUUGAAAGGUCAUCCAACUCGGGAUUUCAGGUCUCUUUCUAGAGCCCACAAGAAGGACCGCUGCGCCACCUUCCUGUUCAAUUUAGCACAGCACAACAAGACGGCCUGUCGAUCAAGACCUAUGUGUCCGCUCACGACAAGCAGCAGUGCUUCGACUGCAAUCUGUGUCGGUGGAAGCUACGCCUUUAAUUUGUUUAUUCACGAAGAUCACAUGAACCCUCGGCUAAAAAAACUGAUUUUGUAAAGUUUAGUCACGCUGCAGAGGAUGUGUCGGCUUGCAUUCUGGUCAAUGUCUCUACAGUGCUGGGAUGACGCUCUUGUGUCAGGCUCCCGCAGCUCUGGUUGGCUGGCCGCCGUGGCUGGAGGCAAGUGUCCAACACUCGUCUCAGUUCUGGAUGGCCAACAUGUACUCCAAGGGCACCAAACGCAAGUUCUAUGACAGUGUGGACGCGGCGACGGACAACAAGGCGGCGUUGUACAGCCGGCAGCGCCAGUCCCUGCUGGACAUGUCUCUGAUCAAGCUGCAGCUGUGCCACAUGCUGGUGGAGCCCAACAUGUGCCGCUCGGUCCUCAUUGCCAACACGGUGCGCCAUAUCCAGGAGGAGAUGACCCAUGACGGUAGCUGGCAGUUGGUCACUGAGGCUUUCGGCAGCUCUGGCCCAUCUGACCACCUGGUGGCCACCGAGGUUUUGUGUCGGUCAUCGGCGCUGGAGCAGCAGGGCGGUGGGCCCAAGCUCUACUCGGUGAUGGGCUACGAUGGUUGCCGCGAGGAAGAAGUGGUAACGGACGAGGCUCUCUGUUCUGUGACAUUUAGCGGCGGGGCCCCGUCCCUCUUGGGGACCAUCGACCACUGCUGGGACAGGGCAGAACUGAGAAUGGCGGCGGUAGAGGACCGGGUCAUCAAAGACUCCGGUUCAGAGGUCGAGUCUGGGGAGGGGGCUAAAACGGUGAUGGGGCAGGUGUUUGGGACGUUCGAGAUAAAAAAUGGCGCCCCUGGGUCCGACCCGGCACUAGAGGAGCUGUUCUCAGCCGUUGAUGCCUCGUAUUAUGACUUGGACACCAUGCUCACAAGCAUUCAGAGCACCCCCAAGAUGGGGCCUUACAACCUUCUGGACAGCAUGGCCUCCUCCCACGGCCCCACGUCCAACUCCAGCUGUAGAACCGAUCUCAGUGAACUUGACCACAUUAUGGAGAUCAUUGUCGGCUCAUAGCUUAUAGACUUAAAACUUGACUGUUUGGUUGAACUUGUGCCUCUGACUUUUUGUCUUGUAUGUGUGAACAUACAGUAUCUACAUACCUUCCUCUGUAUGGAAACUGAGUGAUAUCAGUAUCCAUGCAAUGCCAUUUUUUUUUUUUUUUAUCUGAGAGGUUAACAGUUUCUCAAGUUCACCAUACUUAUUUAUUAUGUUUACUUUGUAUUUCAAUAUGUACUCUUUUUGGUUUAAAUUAUUGUACCUAUUACACUACAUGAAUUCAGAGCAGCACAACAUUUACAUUAAUCUUUUUUAAAGAAAAUAUGUGUAGUUAAAGUAUAUAUGUUUUACUAUAGAGACAGUCUGGGAAUUGUUCUCGACUGUCUUUUUAUUUUUUACAUUUACAAGCAAGAACGAUUGCACAAAGCUCAAUGUGUGAUUAGGGACUAAUUUACCUAGUCUUUCACAGGUUUAUCUCUGGUUGUGUCUUCGAGCUACAAGAGCAAAUAGGCAUUGUUGAAAACGUGAAUUAUGUUCAGUAUGCUCACAAUGUGAUCUUGGUCUCUGGUUUGGUGCUAUAUGCACUAUGUACAGUAUUCCUAAUGAACACAUGGCCUUCUUGAGCCAGACAGUUCCAUCUUGCACUGCGGCUAGCUGUCACCUAGCAUGUGGUGCCAUUUGUUUGCUAUUAAAGUUACAUAUGUUCUUAUUGUCUCCUUACAAGUGACUAAUUAUAAUGGGUAUAUGUCUAAUUUUCUGUUAUGACUUAUUUAUUUAUUCAUUUCAAUCAUAUGGUGAUGUUCAACCUUGGCAAUAUACUAAUGGUUGCAGAAGCUUUUCACCUUUCAAACAUCAAUUUGUAUUUGGUUUCUUGACUUUCUUUGCAUACUUUUAGUGAAGUAAUGACCUUAUUCAAACCAAUCUGAGAAUGUGCGAAGAAUUGUGCUUUUCACGUGACCUAUUCCAACAGAGUGGCUUAUUUUUACCACGUUCAAAGCCUGCACUCGGCCACAAGAUAAUAUUGUGAGUAAACAACUGAUUUCUGAUUAAACAGCCAUGAGGUGGGAGAUGCCACAUUUCUUUUUUUUAUAAUGAAGUUGUCAUGCAUGUCAAUGAGCUUGAGAAGAUGAUGCUUUUCAUGAGUAAACUAGCAGUUUAUACCAUUUUUAAUAAAGGUUCCAAAAUCAUAUGAA